ACUCUUAUCCUCAAAAUUCAUAAACUCAAAAAAUGUCGAUCAACAAAUCAAACAUCAUCAUCACAACUCGCGAAGUCUGGGCAAAUAAUCUCGAAUCAGAAUUCGAACUAAUCAGCUCAAUCAUCGACGAUUACCCAUUCAUCUCAAUGGACACUGAGUUCCCCGGUGUGAUUUUCAAAUCCGAUCUCCGAUUUACAAACCCUUCUGAUCUCUACAGUCUUCUUAAAUCCAACGUCGACGCGUUAGCCUUAAUCCAAGUCGGUUUAACUCUCUCCGACUCCGACGGUAACCUCCCGGGCCAAGGACGGGAGAGGUUCAUCUGGGAGUUUAAUUUCAAAGACUUCGACGUGGCGCGUGACGCACACGCGCCUGAUUCGGUCGAGUUGCUUCGUCGGCAAGGUAUCGAUUUCGAGAGGAACCGUCGCGACGGGGUUUGUUCGGAGAGGUUCGCGGAGCUGAUGAUGUCUUCGGGGCUUGUUUGUAACGAGGAUGUGAGCUGGGUGACGUUUCAUAGCGCGUACGAUUUCGGUUACUUGAUGAAGAUUCUCACGCGCCGGGAGUUGCCCGGAGCGUUGGGUGAGUUUAAGCGCGUGAUGAGAGUUUUGUUUGGUGAGCGCGUGUAUGAUGUGAAGCAUAUGAUGAAGUUUUGUGAGAGGAGGUUGUAUGGCGGUUUAGACCGGGUUGCUAGGACGCUUGAUGUUAACCGGGCGGUUGGGAAAUGUCAUCAAGCCGGUUCGGAUAGUUUGCUUACGUGGCAUGCGUUUCAGAGGAUGAGAGAUUUGUAUUUUGUUCAAGAUGGACCGGAGAAGCAUGCUGGGGUUUUGUAUGGGCUUGAGGUCUUUUAAGGGGUUUAAUUAUUGAUUUUUAUUUUUUUCAAAUUUAAUUGAUUAACUCAAUUAAUCAUUGUAGCUAAAUGUUAUUUGGAAAGAAGAAAUAUAUAAAGAUAAAUAUCAGUCGAAAUUCUUGAACCUUA